GUUUAUUCCAGAAAAACAGUUUACAAAACUAAUAACAAAAAAAAUAUGAAGUUGGGUCAGAGGAACAACCCAGUCCUGUGAGUUAGAUGGUAAAACCCAGGACCUGGGUCAGACCAAGCCGGGGUGGGUUCUGUGUCUGAUGCUGUGAUGACUGGUGUGACUAUAUGAGCCCAUGGGUGCUGUCUGGUCCCUCUCAGCUGUCUCAGCAUGCAGCGCGGCUGGAGGCUCCUCCGGGGCUCCUGCAGGAGUCCACGCCCCUCUGGUGACAGCACAUGCCUGCACAGUCCGGCCGAAGAUCCAGGAAGGUUGGCGGACAGGAAAGGCGGCACAUCAUGAUCCGACUCUCCACCGUGUGAAAGCUUCGAGUCCAGCUCUCGUCUGAAGGCAUCAUGAUUCCUGUGAUGGAAUUCCGGCAGUUCUCUGAACAGCAGCCAGCGUUCAGAGUCCUGAAGCCGUGGUGGGAUGUGUUCACUGACUAUCUGUCUGUAAUCAUGCUCAUGAUUGGUGUCUUUGGAUGCACUCUUCAGGUAAUGCAAGAUAAAAUCAUCUGCCUUCCUCAGAGAAUAUCAUCGCCUUCAGAGAACAGCAGCGAAGUGGAAGUGAAGUCACUGUUACACCUGCAAUCCAAUACCUCAGCCGCACCGAGAGAAAUGACGGGCCUGAAAACCGAUCUGGAUCUUCAGCAGUACAGUUUCAUCAAUCAGAUGUGUUACGAGAAGGCUCUGCAUUGGUAUGCCAAGUACUUUCCCUAUUUGGUUCUCAUACACACUCUCGUUUUCAUGGUGUGUAGCAACUUCUGGUUCAAAUUCCCUGGCUCCAGCUCUAAAAUAGAGCAUUUUAUCUCCAUGCUCGGGAAGUGCUUCGACUCUCCCUGGACCACCAGAGCUUUGUCGGAGGUUUCUGGAGAAAAUCCGGAGGAAAAGGACCAUAAAAAGAGCGGCACUUUGAGGUCCAACAUUGCCGUUUCUCCAGGAGAGGGCAGUCUAGAGAAGACACAGUCCCUCCGGUCCAUCCCGGAGAAGAUUGUAGUGGACAAGCCAUCAGCAAGUGUUCUUGAUAAAAAAGAAGGUGAACAAGCUAAAGCUCUUUUUGAAAAGGUCAAGAAGUUUCGUUUGCAUGUUGAAGAGGGAGACAUCCUCUACCUUAUGUAUGUUCGCCAGACUGUGUUCAAGGUGUUUAAAUUCCUCCUCAUUAUCGCCUAUAACAGCUCUCUGGUGAACAAAGUGCGGAACAGAGUACGAUGUGAAGUUGAGAUCCAGGACAUGACAGGCUACAAGGACUUUGAAUGCAAUCACACCAUGGCUCAUCUGUUUUCUAAGCUUUCUUACUGUUACCUCUGUUUGGUGGCUGUUUAUGGAUUAACAAGCCUUUACACCUCCUACUGGCUGUUCUACCGCUCGCUCAAAGAAUACUCCUUCGAGUACGUGCGGCAGGAAACGGGCAUUAACGACAUCCCGGACGUAAAGAAUGACUUUGCUUUCAUGCUGCACAUGAUCGAUCAGUACGACCCGCUGUACUCUAAAAGAUUUGCUGUUUUUCUGUCAGAGGUCAGUGAGAACAAACUGAAACAGCUCAACCUCAACCAUGAGUGGACGGCGGAGAAACUGCGUCAGAGACUCCAGACGAACACCAACAACAGACUUGAACUUCAGCUCUUCAUGCUCCCCGGUUUGCCCGACACCGUCUUUGAACUGACGGAGCUGCAGUCACUCAAGCUAGAGAUCAUCAACAACGUCACCAUCCCCGCCUCAAUCUCUCAGCUGGAAGACCUUCAGGAGCUGUCUCUUUACCAAUGCUCUUUAAAGUUGCACACAACUGCUACCUCCUUCCUCAAAGAGAACCUGAAAGUGCUGCGGGUGAAGUUCGAUGACAACAGGGAACUUCCACACUGGAUGUACGGCCUACGCAACUUAGAGGAGCUCUGUCUCACCGGGUCACUCAGCCCUGAUGCCUCCAAGAAUAUAGUUCUGGAGUCUCUGCGGGAGAUGAAGUGUCUGAAAACUCUCUCCCUAAAGAGUAACUUGACCAAGAUACCCCAGUCGAUCGUGGACGUUUCCAGCCAUCUGCAGCGGCUGUACUUACACAAUGACGGCACUAAGCUAGUAAUGCUAAACAACCUGAAAAAGAUGACCAAUCUGAUAGAGCUGGAGCUCGUGCGUUGUGAUCUGGAACGUAUUCCUCACGCGAUCUUCAGCCUGACAAGCCUGCAAGAGCUGGACCUGAAAGAGAACAACCUCCGCUCCAUAGAGGAGAUCGUCAGCUUCCAGCAUCUUCGAAAGCUCACGUGCCUCAAGCUGUGGUACAACGGCAUCAUGUACAUCCCGGAGCACAUCAAGAAGCUCGGCAGCCUCGAGCGCCUCUACUUCAGCAACAACAAGAUCGAGAUAUUGCCCUCGCACCUGUUCCUGUGCAACAAGCUGCGCUACCUGGACCUCUCCAACAAUGACAUCCGAUUCAUCCCUCCGGAAAUCGGAGUCCUGCAGAGUCUGCAGUACUUCUCUGUCACGUGUAACAAAAUUGAGAACUUACCAGAUGAACUGUUCUUUUGCAAGAAACUCAAAACGCUAAAGCUCGGCAAGAACUCGCUGUCCAUACUCUCACCAAAAAUUUCCUACCUGGCUCUGCUGACCUACCUGGAGCUCAAAGGGAACCACUUUGAGAUCCUGCCGCAAGAGCUCGGUUGCUGUCGUGCUUUGAAGCGCAGUGGCCUUAUAGUGGAGGAGACGCUGUUUGAAACUCUGCCUUCAGAUGUCAGGGACCAAAUGAAGGCGGAGUGAGACGCCUUAACGAAGCCGCAGUGCCUGCUGUUUGUUCUGUCAACCGAUUCAGAGCAUUUUGUUUUAUAUGAAGCCAUUAUCAUACAUAUGUAUCACACUACUGGUAAGAGAGUUUUAGUUCAGAGUUUUAUUUUCAAAUUACUUAAUGGAAAAAAUAAAAAAACACAAAAAACCUGUUCAUAUAUUGUUACACUGAGCGUGGCUGCAACAGGGAGAUAACAUCUGGCCACAAGUCCUUUUUAAAGGGGUAGUUCAGCAUUUUGGGGAAACAUGCUUUUUGCUUUCUUGCCAAGAGUUUUAGGACAAGAUUCAUAUCGAUCUCAUACCUGUACGUUAGAGCUGCAAAGAUGAAUGAAUUAAUCGAGUAAUGUUUUAAAGGAAAUUCCAGCUGAUUCCAUCUUCUUAAAAUGUAAUAUAAUCUGGUUUCUUUCCUCUUCUAUGGCAGUAAGCUGAACUCCUUUGACAAAACAAAACAUUCGAGCACGUCAUGUCGCUUUUAGGGAAACACUGAUCAACAUUUUUCACCAUUUUCUGACAUUUUAUUGUCCAAACUAAUGGUUAAAUUGAGAAAACAACCUACAGAUUAAUCAACAAUGAAAAUAAUCAUUACCAGCUGCCCUAUUGUACAUUAAUCAGUCAUCCCUGGACAAAGCCAGGCCAACUUUUCCCCCCGUAGUCUUUAUGCUAAGCUGCUGAGCUUCAUAUACAGACUUGAGAUUGAUGUUAAACUUCUCAUUUAUCUCUUGGAAAGAAACGAGCGGCUUUCCCAUAAUGCCGAGGUAUUUAUUUAAAGAGCAUCUGUCACUGCUACAUGAAAUAAUAUGAAUGUAAAUCCAAACUGAAGACCUCACUUUAGUGUUGGCCAGUAGCCUUAUGCUGUAUUGUACCUGUAUGAUGUUGCUCUUAAGAGACUGUUAGUUCACAUGCACUGCAGCAGGGGAAAACAAUAACACAAAGGUCAGAUCUAACACAAGUGCAUAAGAUAACGUAGCUAUUCUGUAUUAUAGAGUGCUGGCAUUUCAAAGUGCAUUAAACUUUAAGGACUAUGACAUACUGGUGUUUUUCUUUGGCUGGUAAAACAUGCAUAAGAAGUGUACAGCCUAUUACAAACAUGUAUUUUCAUAAACAGUGUUUUUAUGUUGUUGACCAAUAAAAUUGGUUUUACCUGUAAACGUCAUUUGAUAUUUCUAAAAGUCCACUAAAAGCGCAGCAGCGCUGGAGUGUCUGAAUGGGGUAACUGCACAUAGCAGCUUGUCCUAUUUUCAGUUGUGUUGUGAGAUAAGAUACCACCUGCUGGCUGGUGAGGAUUAAUAAGAGCAAAGAAGAUUAUUCUAUUAAUAUGCAGGCAUGAGGCACACACAAAAACAAAAAGUUGGUCUGAAGUGUCUUUAACAAGUUUUGCCAGGUUUUUUU